CAAAAAGACAAACGGGCAUAAAAAGUUAGCGGCAGAGACGCGAGCCAACACUACAGCUCGCCGACUUUGGAUUAACAUGAGCUGCGCUGUGUUACUCCUGAGCCUUGUGCUAAUUGCGACAGCUACUUCUCAAUCCACUACUGAAACUCCAGCAACAGGUGAAGUUCCGAAUCCUCCAAAAGAGGAGAAACCUUCCAACAUAAAAUUCUUUGUUAUCAAAGAUGACAACGCUACAGAUAUUGAUGAUGUAGACGGUGAAGAUAAUGGUGAUCCUAUGGAACGAGCUGAAUCUCAGGCGAGAUUUACCUUCUCGCAAGCAGAUGCCAGGCCAUGGACAAAACCACCUGAAGAAGUUGAUGAUGAUGUUGAGGAGGGGGACUCCGGUGAUGAUGAUACCGCUAUAAAGCUUUUGGAAGAAUUAACGUCUUUGGUUGACACUGGUGUAAAAAUUAUGGACAGAACAACAAAUGAUUCAGAUACAUCAGUUACUAAGAUAAAAGAAACAGAUAAUGAUAGCGAGGAAGAUGGAGAAGUGGAUGAUAUUCCUUCAGAUGAUGAUGUACAACCUGCUGGUUCAAAAGCUGAAGAAAGUCAAAUCAAACGUCAAGAUGAGUCAAAUCCCUUUAAUCAAAAUAAAGCAACAAGUUUAGAUUUCGACCAACCCAAUAGAAGAGGUGAAAUACCCGCACCUCCCCCAGAUGUAUAUGUUACUGUGAAUGAUCAACCUGAUAAUUCCAACCCUGAAAACGAUAAUUCGCCGCUUCUUCAACUGACACAAGGCGGGUAUAGAUCCCCGUAUGGAUUUAACACAGAAAGCCCCCGAGUACGAGCUCAGAGUGCUUCUCAACAAUCUGAAACUGUGGAAGAUCCAGCUGCAAAUAUAAAUAACGACGAACAGUUUAGGCAACCUCAGAUCUCACCGCAAGUUUCUUACGCUGAUCCUUUCCAGUCGCAGUUUGGAUUCGGAUCAGCCCUGGGACUUCGUCAUCCAUUUAUACCCCCUGAUAGCUUUGUGAAUUCAAAUGGCAUGGUUCAUCAACCAGUACAGAGUGGAUUUUUCAACAUACCACCUGCUGGAUUCACUGAUUUCACUGGAGCUAAUUUCCAAGCACCCUUUUCUCCUUCUAACGAUGGCGGAUUUCAAGUACUCCCGAGAAAUCCCGGUGGCAUAUCUUUGUUUCAGACAUCAACAGAGCAUGUAGCACACACCCCUGGCUAUAUGGUUCAAAAUCAACAAUUUCCACAACCGCAAUUUCUAGCUACUGAUCCUGCUCAAUCUACACCAACUAUGUAUCAGACUACAGGUUUUGUGAAUUAUCCUGGGUCUGAAAAUGUUAAUGCUGCAUCACGACCGGAUUAUUCUCCCUUUUUUAGAAAUCCUGCACCAAAUAAUCUACAAUUCCAAGUAAAUAACAAUCCUUUUGCACCCCCACGUAGUGCUGCAGGAAUUCUUUACAAUCCUAUGAUGCAAUUUCAGCCUAAUUUUGCUAAUAGACCUCAGUAUUCACCUCAAUACCCUGCACCAAAUCAGCAGAUUCAAGUACAAAACAUCGCUCCUGAAGAGAAAAAACAGCAAGAUUUAGACAAAAUCACUGAAGGAGAAACAACAUAUUCUGAGGAACAAAUAAAUACACCCUCAAGUAAAGAAGAUUCAUCAUCCGUUCCUUUCGGAGCUCGCAUACAAAGGCAAAAUGGCCAAGACCCUCAAAGUGAUUUUCCACCCCAAGCGGACGUCUUCAUGAGAUAUCCUGUGAAGGAAGCAGGCUAUGCAACAGAAGAAAGUUUACCUGUUCAAAACACAACAACAAAAACUGAAACAAAGACUAAGCCUUCACCUCCAAGGCCAAUAUUUUCCUUUUUUCAAGCCCCUGGUCAAUUCGGCGAUCCUUAUAGAAAUGCUCUGAAUGCUGUACAACAGGGAUAUGCAGCUGAUACCAGUGUUCGAAAUAACGAUGACAACAAUAGUACUAAGCAAGUUCUACCAGAACAGUUACCCCCUCCACGUAUGACAUUCCCUUUUAGUCAGCCUGCUUUGGCACGACCUAUUCCAGGAUAUCCCGACAGUAGAGGUCCAAAUCAACCCCUUAUGAGGCCUCCAUCAUUCUUUCGAGCUGUAAAUAGUCCCGCAACUGAUCCUUUCGACCAAAUAGCAGUAUUUCCUGAUCAAUACCCUGGGCCUCCGCAAACGAGUGGCCGAUCACAAGAGGCCCCUGUACUUCCAACUUGCGCCCAUGGACAAACAAAUGCUUCAGUGUGCUUUGAAGAUCCGGAAUAUCCAAAGAGGGAUGUAUUGUUCGCCCUGAAUUCCAAUCCCUUCCUGACGGAUCUUCUGUCCAUGCCGGAUCAACAACUGGAUGGAAUAUCUCUUGUGGAACAAGAGCACUUGGAACAACCUGAAAGUCCAGCCAAUUACAUCUGCAGCUCAAAAAUCAGAUAUGGAUUUCCUCUAAGGGCCAAGGAUGUCAACGGUCAGUGGAAGGUCAUCGUCAACAUAGAGAAAGACGUGGGACAAGGAAGAUUCACGCAACCAGUUAGGCUGGAAAUGUGCAAAGGUGCCGGGGAUCCCUGCAAUUUCACUCAGGUCAAGACAACUUGCGUACAGAAGUACAACCUUCACAGACUGCUCUCCUGGAGUCCGGAGAAAGGCAUUCAUAAUGAUGUGUUCAAACUUCCUGUGGCAUGCUCAUGUCAACUCAUAGACGCACAAGCGUAGUGAAUCGCCUUUCAAUAAAAGUUUAAGAAUUCACAUUCAUGAAAAAUAGAAAAAUAUAUAUCAGUUCACUUCUCACAAAAUUGUUUAUAUCUUGAGAUAUGAAAAAUAAUUCAGGAUCAUAAAUAUAUUUUUAUCAGUAAUUUUCGAAAUAUCUUUAAAUUGUAUAAUUAAUUAAAAUAUGAUUGUUUAGAUGGAAUUCGUGGAACUUAAAUUUAGUUUAGUAUUUAAAUUAUUAAUAGUAAAAAAAAAAAAAAAACGAAAAUAAUCAAUGUUUCUAAAUUUUCCUGUUAGUGAUAUUUAUAUUUGCAAAAAUUUCUUUUUGUUAUCCAUUUUUUUCAAACUCCUUCUAAUAACGUAUGAUUAAAAGCAUACGUUAAUUCAGAGAUUGAUAAUUCAAUACUAGAUUGAUUUAAUUCAGUACUUGUAACACAUUGAAUAUUUUACCUGUAUUUAAAAAAAUAUUAUGAGUAAUUUUAUUUUGGAGAAAUAUUUUAAACACCAUGGAAAGUAAAAAUAUCUCAAACAACAAACGGAAAAAUACAUUUCAAAAAGAUCGAUAAAUAUAAGUAAUAUAUUUGGCGAUUAAAAUUUUGGUAUUGGUAUUUGCUGAAAUGCCUUUUUUUUAAGUAUUAAAAUUAAAUUCUACAUACUUUACCAACUAACAUUUGAAUGAAGAAUUUUAACGCAGAGAUAGAAAUAAUUCAUACUUAUUUUCCAAAAUGUUCAAAUUACUUAGGAAUACAAAUUUUUCUCAUGGAUUUCAAAAUUAGUGAUCUUCUAGUCCAACAAUGGGCACCACUGUUCAGAAAUCUUAAAUAUUCUUUUUGUCGACGUAGUAUCUGUCCUACAGUUAAAUAUUUUUGUCUUCGUGUGAUUGUGAAACCCCUGGAACAGUUUUUGGUGCUCAUUAGUAUGCAACUGCUAUAUUCCAUGUGCUUAAUUGUGCAUCAUUUGGUUUCCACAAACAAAUUAAAAUUUACGGAACAUAAAAUAAAUAUAGAUUUAUCUGAAUGGGGCUAAUUAUCAAAAUCAAUUUAAUUAUUAAACAUGUCAAUUCUAUUUUCAAAAGACAGCUAUUAUAUUCAGUGUGAAGUAUUCUGUGGCAUGUAAUAAUUAAAUGUGCAUCGUGAAAAAUAUUUUGUUAUGAAGUUUUAGUCACUAAGUCUACAUCAUGUAUGCUAUCAUUUAAUAAAGAAAGGAUUGCCCUUAGAAAUUUUA